AUGCGGCGCGCCUCCCUGUACUCGUACGCCGUCUUCGAGCGCCUCGUCCAGGAGCACUUCCCAUUCCGACGCCGCCUCUUCCAGGUGCACGCGCUGCUCCUCACCUCCGGCGUGCUGCUCCUUGACCUUGAUCCCCAAUGCUCCUCCCCUCCACCACCUUUCCUUACAACUGCCUCGCGUAGUGGCGGAGCUACAGGGUAUGCCAGGUAUGCACCGGCAUACCCUGCGAUUCCGGCAAGCUCCGCGGCCGCCGUGGGGGCGCUCCACGCACAGGGCCUCCGCCGCGGCCUCGCGGCCGACCGCUUCGUCGCCUGCUCGCUCGUCAGCGCCCACGGCCGAACGGGACACCCGGCUCGCGACACGCGCAAGGUGUUCGACGAGAUGGAGGGGGCUCCGGACCUGGCCUCAUGCAACGCCCUGCUCCACGCGCUAUGCACAGUACACAGGCCGUGGUGUCGUGCACUGGAGAUCUGUGCAUUAGCACGGCUGUUUGGUUGCACUGCAAGCUGCAAUUCCAUGCACGAGGUCUAUGUCUAG